AUGAUUGCCGAACUAGGGGGCCGUUUGGGAGACGUGAUCCUGCCGCUGACGACGGGCCAGCACCACCAUCACCAGGCCAUGCCGGGAGUCAACAGGGUGGACGCCAGCGGACAGCAGCGCCUGGUUGAACUGGGCCGUUUGGGAGACGUGAUCCUGCCGCUGACGACGGGCCAGCACCACCAUCACCAGGCCAUGCCGGGAGUCAACAGGGUGGACGCCAGCGGACAGCAGCGCCUGGUUGAACUGUUUUGGCAGGACAGAUUCCUGCCAGGACUCGCGACAGCUGCUUCCGGCUCUCCGCGCCCUGAUAAAAAGCUGCCCAUGCUGCACACACCUGCUGCGGCCCUAGCGGGCAACGGGUUCAGCCUGCUCGGCUCAUCCAACCCCGGGGUCAACUCCACCUGCUCCUCCUCGACCAUAGGCGAAGCAGCAAAACAAGCCAUGAGCAAAGUUGGAAAUCAGACCAACUCUCAGGACCCGCAAGCCGUCAAUUCCCGAGUUUUCGUCGGCAAUCUCAACACUUUCCAAGUAACCAAAACGGAGAUCGAGAAAAUGUUCCAGCCCUACGGACGAAUUGCAGAUCAGUGGCUCAGCUGA